AUGUAUGGUUUCCCAAAAGAAAAGGAGAGGCAGAACAGAUGGAUUAAACAGAUUUUAAGAGUCUCCCUGCAGGUGCAUUUUGAGGACAGUCAAUUCAUUUGUACAAAAAAAGGACGCCUCAGGUUAAAACCUGAUGCCGUACCCACCUUAUUUUGCCAUCGUCAAUGGCCAAAAAGAAGGAGAGCUCCCAAAUGGCACACGUCCUCAACAGAGGUUCACUUGUCAAGCAAUGACCACAACUACUGUACAAGAAAUGAUUUUGGUAUGAUACACAGUUGUCUCUACAGGCAUCUUGAUCUAUUUGUAAAGAAAAAUUUGGAUUUAAGGAAUAGUUGGCCCUGAUUUGACAAGGGUUGUGUUUGUUUCCCACAGUCAGUGUGUUCAACAGCUGCGACUCACUGCCCACAGAGUCCUGUGAGCGCAGUUCUUUAGUUCUCAGUUUUAACUACAUGAAACUACUUUCUGUAGCAUCAAAACCUGUUCAGGACCAAGCUCAUGGGACUCCUGGGGGGGUUGAGUAGCAGCUGAUGAACCACACUGACUUUUGAAAACAAACAACACGAGUCAAAUCAGGGUGAACUAUCCCUUGAAACAGGACAUGAAAGAAGGUGGUGAUGUAAAGGAGGCAAAUGCAUAUUAACUGAAACAAUACCUUGUCAUUAUUACAGAAAAUGAGGCAGAAAUUGAGGCAGAACAAAUAGGAGUAGGCAGCCCACAGGUAGACGAUGGUGAGGUCCUUGAAGCUCCAAGGGACAGACAGUCAGGGGCAGCAAGUGAAGAAGCCACUGUGACAGGGGCAAGCGUUCCAGGGACCAGUGAUGACAGGGCGACUGUUGAUGACCUAAGAGAGCAAUUGAGGAUUGAGACACUCCAAAGAAAGAGAGCGGAGAGGACUCUUAAACAACAAAAGAAAAAAAAUUGGGGUUUAAGAAAGAAGAACAGUUUAAUUAAAAAAAGUUCAAGAGGGAUACGCUGGAGCAAUCAGACCCUGAAAGCCAUACAAAUUCGAUUUACUGCUGGCACAACAGGCUACAAAACAUUGCAAAAAAUGAAAAUCCCACUACCUGACAUUAGGACUACACAACGGAGGAUGCAGCAUGUUAAGAUGGAGCCUGGAGUGUUGAUGGAGGUGUUCAAAAUGUUAAAGCUAAAGGCAGGGGGAAUGAACAAAAUGGAGAGGGAAUGUGUACUCACACUGGACGAGAUGGCCAUCACUCCAGGCGUGGAGCUGCAUAUGGGACCGGGGAGACUAUUUGGCAACGUAACACUUCCCGGUCACACAGGGCAAGCAACGCAUGCCUGUGUGUUUAUGCUCGCUGGUGAAACAACACGCUGGAAGCAAAUUGUUGCUUACCACUACAGCGGUAAUUCUACAGACGGCUCAGUUUAUCAGCCCAUCAUCAUUGCCAUCGUAGAAGCUGCAGCAUCUGUAGGGCUUCAUGUUAUAAACAUCACCAGUGACAUGGGGAGUCCCAAUCAGGCAAUGUGGAAGUCAUUUGGGGUGACCCAGGAUAAGCCAUGGAUACCCCAUCCUGUUGAGCAACACAAGCGGCUCUAUUUCCACAUCUUGUCAAGAAUUUGA